AUGGUCGGCAGGAAAGCGGGCUUGGACCAGGUCGGGGUUGCCACAAAUUUAGAGGGCCGACCAUCCCCACCACUCCAAGAGCGCCAUUCUUCAGUCACAACGGUACCGUCUGCUUCGCCUUCACCCCCUCCACCAAAGAAACGCAAACUUACACCCCUGAAACGUGUCGAGCCUCAAGCUUCAGCGUCUACGACAGAUCCCCUCCAUCCGUCGUCAGCAUUACCCGAAGCGAAGCCUUUCAGUGGGUCACCACGGGCGUUUUCUUCCCAGUUCACUGCUGGUUACGUAGGAGACCUCAUAGUUGAGGGGUGGUCCACGACAUCUGACAUGAAAGGCUCGCCAUACUUAAACAAUGGGGAUUCUGUCCGGAUACAGAGGGAUGAUGCUGAUGCACGCAUUCCCGCAUCAUCAGUUUCGAAAUCGAGUGUGAAUGGGCUCAGCAAAGGGAAAGGAGGGCAAAUGAAGCUUGCUUUUGCUUCCAAGCCCAAGUCGGCACCAAACAAAAGGUUUGCCUCAAACAAGGAGAACAAUAUCGUUCGAUUCUUAAACUCGAAGAAAGUUGUAGAAGUCGGACGUCUUCCAAAUAAUACAGCCUCAUGGUUAUCAAAGCUUAUGGAUCUCAAAAUUGUGUCCGUCUCUGGGACCGUAAUUGAUUGUCCAAAGCCUCUCAGGACAGGAAACAAUGUUAUCCUUCGCCUGAAAGUGUACAUGUUGCCAGUGGCGUUCCAAUCAUCUUUAUUCAUGCUUGGGCUAGAUUCCUCUAGUAGUAAUCCCGAAAAAUCGUCCUGGCACGAGGAAGGGAAAGAGACCCUUGAUGAACAAAUUCUUCGCGAGCGGAAGGUGUCCCUUCUCAAGCUCUUCGAUGCAGUCAAUAUGAAGCCUACUAGAUCUAAUCGAAAUCGCCUCGGGAAACAGGCCGUGGUGCCCCUGUGUGAAGGGCUCGGCGUCGCAAUGUCGAGCGGAAGCAAAGUGCAACCUCGCUCAAGUGGAAAAGCAAAAGAAGUCAUCGGUGACGAGGAAGAUGCAGAAGAAGUUGAAGUCGAGGGCGAGGAACUAACCGACCAGCAAGUUGCCAACAUCUACACAAAAGCGCAACAAUCUGAGAAGCUUUUACGCAUGCCGGAGAUGCAACCUUCAAGCUCUUUCACUCUUACGUUGCGUCCGUACCAGAAACAGGCUCUAAAGUGGAUGUACGACUUGGAAAUGGGAAAGGGUGAUGAGGAAACUGAGGCAAAUAACUCGAUGCACCCUCUCUGGGAGGAGUAUAAUUUUGCUCCUGAUCAAGAUGAGUUUGGCAUGAUAGACCUGUCACAACCGGAGAUCCCGUUCUAUAUGAAUCCAAAUUCGGGGGAACUAUCACUUGAAAUGCCGAAAAUGAGUCGCAAUUGCCGUGGAGUGGGCCUAGGAAAAUCCAUUAUGCUGGCAAGUUUACUCCAUACCAAUCGUGGCCCAGAACCCCCAACGAACGCCCAGAAGCAAACUUCGAAGCCAAAAGGUAAACUCAAGCUGGAUGUGGCUUUCCGACCGAAAGUGGAGUCAUCCACGGAUGAGGCUGACGCCAUGGAGGGUCCAAGUUCUACGCUGAUCGUUGCACCAGUGUCUCUACUAAGCCAGUGGCAGUCUGAAUUGACUCGAUCUGGUGAGGGCGGUGAGAGCCCGCUAUCGAUUUUAUUAUGGCAUGGCCAAUCCAGAGCAGUAUUGGGAGCUGGGGUGGAUGUGGUUAUCACCAGUUACGGCACCUUGGCUUCUGAGCAUGCCAAAGUGCAGAGCAGCGGGCGGAAUGCAUCCAGUCCUCUCUUCAGCACUAAGUGGAAGCGUAUCGUCCUUGAUGAGGCCCACUAUAUCAAGUCGCGCACCUCGAAAACAGCUAAAGCUGUCUAUGGCAUAUCGCGAGAGUCUCGUUGUCACUGGGCACUUACAGGAACUCCUAUCACGAACCGCCUAGAUGAUCUAUUUUCAUUGCUGCAUUUCUUACAGUUCCAGCCAUGGUCGAAUUUUGCUUAUUUCAACAGUUUUAUCACAAAGCCCUUUUUGGACAAAGACCCUAGAGCUAUCGAUGUCGUGCAAGUCAUUUUGGAAACUGUGUUACUCCGCCGGGAAAAGACAACACGGGAUGCAAGUGGCAAUCCGAUCGUCCAGCUACCUCCGAAGACGAUCGAGAUCAAACACCUGGAGCUGUCAGAAGCGGAAGAGAAAUUAUACCACACCAUUUAUAGGGCUGUGAAGCGUGAUUACGAUAAGCUGAACGCAAGCGGACAGCUGACGAAAAACGUUACAAGCAUGCUGGCUCGAAUUAUGACGCUACGACGAGCUGCUUGUCAUCCUGCACUCGUCCGGGAUUCAAAAUUUCCUGAGGACGAUGAUGACAUCCGGAUUGAUACCAAAGAUGAUGAUGCAUACGCCCACUCUGUUCUGCAGCAGUUAGGAAACUAUGAUGAUGAAGAUGAAGAUGCUAGAUCAUGCCCGAUAUGUUUCGAAACGAUGGAGGACGAUCAAGUCCUCGUUUCUGAUUGCAAACAUACAGGGUGCAAAGCCUGCAUCGUGGGGCACCUUCGCAAAUUGGAGUCAGAAGGAAAAGUUGGAACGUGCCCCAUUUGUUCAGGACCUGCACAGGAAACCGAACUACUCGAAGUCGUCCGUAAACAUAGGAAUUCCAUUCGCGCGACUUCAGCGGACACAGAUAUCGUCAUACAUUCUUCACCCAGCUUCACCCUGCGCAAGAAUAAUUUCGAGAGUAGCACAAAACUGGAUGCGCUGGUAUCAGCUCUCCGAGCGUUACGAGGCCAAGAUCCGUGUUUCCGAGCCGUCGUCUUUAGCCAAUGGACGUCCUUUUUGGAUUUGAUAUCACGAGCAUUAGACCGAGAACGCUUCGCGUGGAGUAGACUCGAUGGAACAAUGUCGCAACCCCAAAGAGCUCGUGCUAUCGAGGAGUUCGUCAAACCAGGGCGAGAGGCAAGGGUAUUUAUGAUCUCGUUGAAGUCCGGUGGAGUCGGGCUUAAUCUGACGACAGCUAACUUCGUAUUCAUGAUGGAUUGCUGGUGGAAUGAAGCGGUGGAAGACCAAGCCGUUGAUCGGGUUCAUCGAAUCGGACAGGAUCGGCCUGUGAUGGUAACGAAAUUCAUUAUAAAACAUACCGUAGAGGAACGCAUUAUUCAGAUUCAAAAGCGCAAGAGUGCGAUCGCAAGCGGAGCACUCCGAGGGAGGGCUGCGGACAGUAAAGAGGUGGUGGAGAAUUUCAAGAUCAUGUUUGAAGAUUAG